AUGACCCUGCAGAAUGGACAGCCUCAAACCGAUGCAGCUCCAUCUGCCGACAUUCCGCCAGGCAUGCAGAGGAUGAAAGAAUACACCGUCGACGAGCUGCUAAAAGAAAUGAACCGCGUGCCUCUCUUCAUGACUUCCCUCGACCAAACCGACGGCGAAGGCGGCGAAAACGUCGAGCUCGAGGCCCUCCGAGCCCUCGCGCACGAAGGCACCCGCGCCGAAAUUGCGCAAAACUUUCGCGAGCAAGGCACCGAGCUCGUGCGCCUGGAGAAGCGAUAUCCCGAGGCUCGCGACUACUACACCAAAGCCCUGCAGGCUCUAGAUGCGCCUCCCCGGGAACCAGACCCCGAACAAGGCCCCCAGAUCGUGGAGAUCGACGAAGAGGCCGAGGCGGAGAAGGAGCGCUCUAUCAGAGAAGCAUGCCUGGUAAAUAGAGCGCUCUGUAACCUUGAGAUGAAGAACUACGGCUCGUGCAACAGGGACUGCGCCGCGGCACUGAAGAUGAACCCGAAGAAUGUCAAGGCGUGGUACCGAGCGGCGUCUGCGUGUCUCGCUCUCGACAAAGUCGACGAGUCCAUCGAUGCGUGCGAGAGUGGCAUGCGCUUCGAACCGCAGAACUCCGCUCUCCGCACGCUUUUGACCAAAGGCCAACAGCGGAAGGUCCACCUGGCCGAGCUUGAGAGGGUAAGGGUUGAGCGUGAGACCAAAAAGCGAGCAGAACUUGCAGCGGUGCAGCGUGCAUUGAAAACACGUAGCAUUCCGACUCGGACCACGGACAGGCCGCCCGAGAUGCCCGAGGCAAGCAUCACUCUCGAAGACUCGUUGGAUCCAGCGUCUCUACUUAGCUUCCCGGUGAUGCUGCUGUACCCUGCCCACGCACAGACAGACUUCAUCAAGCAGUUCUGGGAGAAUGAGUCUAUCAGCGAACAUUUGUCUUAUAUUCUACCGGUGCCGUGGGAUACGGAGCACGAAUACACGCUGAACAGUGUCGAUUGCUACAUGGAGACGAUCGAAGGCGGCUUGAUCAAAGCUGGGAAGAAGCUUGCUCUGUUGAAGCUGCUGAGCAGUGGUAAAUUGGAGAUCCAGGACGGUCUGGUGAGGAUCAACGUCGUGCCACAAGCGAAAGCUACCGAAUGGAUCGGCGAAUUCAAAGCUCGCCGGGCAAAACCAUGA